AUGGCUCUGCAACGGGCGCCCCUCUUGUUCCUGGGAGCGGUGCUGGGGGCCUUCGUGCCCGGGACCUGCUGCGGCUCUCUCUCACACUCCCUGUGCUAUUCCUACCUCCAUCUGUCAGAGCCCAGUCAGGGGCCGCCUCAGUCCUUCAUUGGGGGCUACUUGGAUGACCAGCCCAUCUCUCGCUUUGACAGCCACACCAGGAAGAUGGAGCCUCUGGUGUCCUGGGUGAAGGAGGUGGAGGAGGGGACCUUUCUGCCCUUUGAGUCGGUCUUCAGGGCCGACCUGGAGAAGUUAUCAAAACUGGGCCACAGGGCUGGAGGUGAGCAGAGGCAGCACCACCUUUGGCCUCCAAUGGAUUCAGGAGCCGUCAUGAAACUCUGCGCGGGGCUUUCUUGCAAGGUGCGCGGCUGCGCAGGCGCGCACCUUAGAGGGAACAGUGCCUGGAGGGGAGGGGGGCUGAGGAGAGGACUCCUCAGCCCUUCUCACCCACCUCUCUCCUGGACUCUUCCAGGGCUUCACACCCUGCAGGCGAUUUUGGGCUGCGAGAUCAAGAAAGAUGGGAACAAAGGAGGGUUUUUGCGCUAUGGCUACAACAGGUGGGAUAUCAUCAGCUUCCAGAAUGAGACCCUCAGAUUGGGAGCAGCUCAGCCUCAAGCCGAGAAGGUCAAGGAGGAUGAUGAUCCAGAGUGGUCUGAGAAAGUAAAUGUCUUCCUGGAGAAGACCUGCAUUGUUUGGCUGCAGAGAUACCUGUCCUACCGGAAGGAUGCUCUAAAAAGGGCAGAGCCUCCAGUGGGGAAGGUGACUCGCAAGGAAGUAGAUGACAGCCUGGAGAUCCUCAUCUGCCAGGCCUCUGGCUUCUACCUGAAGGAGAUCCAGGCCACUUGGAUGAGGGACAAAGAGGUCUGGAACAACGAGACCCUGCAUAGGAACGUGGCCCCCAACUCAGACGGGACCUAUUAUGUCCGGCUCAGCACUAAAAUCAACCCCAAGGAGAGGCAGCGUUUUCGGUGUCGCCUGGAGCACGAGGGCUUGCAGGAGCCCCUGGUCUUGGCUUGGCAGGACAAAACAGCUACAAUGUGGUGGAUCCCUGUGGCAAUUGUGGCCGCCAUAAACGUGGGACUUUGGAUUCUCUUCCUGAGAGCACAAGGCAUCCUGUGGCAGCUGGAGGUCCCAGAAGGCUCCGGAAGCCGCUCUGCCAAUAUGACACAGGCAAGAAAGGAAUCAGCCGUGGCUCAAAAGGUGGAGCUCCUGAGCAGGGCAGUUGGAGACGUCUAACCAGGACUGAAUAUCAGAAUCAGAAUGCAGCUGGAAGGGACCUUGGAGGUCUUCUAGUCCAGCCCCCUGCUCAAGCAGGAGAUUCAGACAAGUG